AUGAGCCCAAACAGGUCUCCAGAGAACAGCACUGAGGGAGAUGCUGGGAGAACAGAGUGGAAGCCCAUGGUGAGAGAUGCUUUCAAAGACAUUUCCAUAUACUUCACCAAGGAAGAAUGAGCAGAGAUGGGAGAAUGGGAAAAAAUCCGAUAUAGGAAUGUGAAAAGGAACUAUGAAGCGCUGAUUGCUAUAGGUAACACGAAAGCCACUCAACCAGGUUUCAUGCAUCACCGCAGGCAGGUCCUCAAACCCCAGGUAGAUGACACUGAGGAUUCUGAUGAAGAAUGGACACCAAGGCAACAAGGUAAACCUUCUGGGAUGGCCUUCAGAGGGGAGCCCAGUAAACACCAGAAGAGAUUGUCCAGAGGACCAUUAAAUAAGGUAUCUAGUUUGAAGAAAUUGCCGGGAGCAGCAAAAUUGCUGAAGAAAAGUGCCUCCAAACAGGCUCAGAAGCCAGUGCCCCCUCCCAGAGAAGCGAGGACCCCUGGAAAGCACCCCAGACACAAAGUCGAACUCAGAAGAAAGGAGACCAAAGUGAAGAGGUACAGUGUACGAGAAAGAAAGGGCCAUGUGUACCAAGAGGUCAGCGAGCCCCAGGAUGACAACUACCUGUAUUGUGAGGAAUGUCAGAACUUCUUCAUCGACAGCUGUGCUGCCCAUGGGCCCCCAACCUUUGUAAAGGACUCUGCAGUGGAAAAGGGGCAUGCCAACCGCUCAGCCCUCACUCUGCCCCCUGGGUUAAGUAUCAGGCCAUCGGGCAUCCCUAAGGCUGGGCUUGGAGUGUGGAACGAGGCAUCCGAUCUGCCACUGGGCCUGCAUUUUGGCCCCUACGAGGGUCAGAUCAUAUACAAUGAAGAGGACUCCCACAGUGGAUACUGCUGGAUGGUCACCAAAGGGAGAAACAGCUACGAGUAUGUGGAUGGAAAAGACACGUCUUUGGCCAACUGGAUGAGGUAUGUGAACUGUGCCCGGGAUGAUGAGGAGCAGAACCUGGUGGCCUUGCAGUAUCAUGGGCAGAUCUUCUACCGAACCUGCCAGGUGGUCAGGCCGGGCUGUGAGCUUCUGGUCUGGUAUGGGGACGAGUAUGGCAAGGAACUCGGCAUCAAGCAGGGCAACAGGGGGAAGAGCAAGCUCUCGGCCCGGAGAGAACCAAAGCCCAAGAUCCACCAACGUGCCUCCUGCUCUCUGUCCUCCAGUCAGAAAUUCGUCAGCCAACAUGUCCAACGCAAUCACCCCUCUCAGAUCCUCCUGAGGCCAUCUAUAGGAGACCACCUCCAACCAGAGGAUCCCUGCCCAGGCAAUCAAAAUCAGCAGCAGCGAUAUUCUCAUCCACACAGCCCAACUGACAAACCAGAGGGUCGAGAGGCCAAGGAAAGGCCCCAUCCUUUGCUGAAAGGCCCCAAACUUUGCAUAAGGCUGAAGAGGAUUUCAAUGGCCUCUUCCUACAUACCCAAAGGACAAAUGGGGGCUUCUGGGGUGCAUGAGAGAAUUACAGAAGAGCCCAGCACAAGCCAGAAACUGAAUCCAGAGGACACAGGCAAAUUAUUCAUGGAGGCAGGGGUCUCAGGGAUUAUAAGAGUCAAGUAUGGAGAGCAUGAGCAAGGCUCCAAGGAUAGGUCAAGUGUAAUCACACAUGAGAAGAUACACACAGGGGAGAAGCCCUAUGUUUGCAAGGAGUGUGGGAAAAGCUUCAAUUGGAGGUCAGAUCUCACCAAACAUGAGAGGACACACACAGGGGAGAAGCCCUAUGUUUGUGGGGAGUGUGGGCGAAGCUUCAGUGUGAAGAAUUAUCUCACCGCACACCAGAGGAUACACACAGGGGAGAAGCCUUAUGUUUGUGGGGAGUGUGGGCAAAACUUCCGUGAGAAGUCAAAUCUCAACAAACAUAAGAGGAUACACACAGGGGAGAAGCCCUAUGUUUGCAGUGAUUGUGGGCAAAGCUUCAGUAUGAAGUCAGUUCUCAUCACACACCAGAGGACACACACAGGGGAGAAGCCCUAUGUUUGCAGGGAGUGUGGGCGAAGCUUCAGUGUUAUGUGCAAUCUCGUCAAACACCAAAGGACACACACAGGGGAGAAGCCCUAUGUUUGCAGGGAGUGUGGGCGAAGCUUCAGUGUGAUGUUCAAUCUCGUCAGACACCAAAGGACACACACAGGGGAGAAGCCCUGUUUGCAUGGAGUAUCAAAUUGCCAACAUCCGCUGGAUCAUCAAAAAAGCAAGAGAAUGGAGAAGCCCUAUACACGCAGAGAGUGUGGGCAAGUCUCCAAGAAUAGGUCAAGUCUCAUCACACACCAGAGGGCACACACAGGGGAGAAGUCCUAUGUUUGUGGAGAGUGUGGGCGAAGCUUCAGUUGGAAGUCACUUCUCAUCACACACCAGAGGACACACACAGGGGAGAAGCCCUAUGUUUGCAGGGAGUGUGAGUGAAGCUUCAGUUGGAAGUCACUUCUCAUCACACACCAGAGGACACACACAGGGGAGAAGCCCUAUGUUUGUGGGGAGUGUGGGCGAGGCUUCAGUUGGAAGUCAGAUCUCAUCACACACCAGAGGACACCCACAGGGGAGAAGCUCUAUGUUGGGGAGUGUAGGAAAAGCUUCAGUUGGAAGUCAGGUCUCAUCACACACCAGAGGACACACACAGGGGAGAAGCCCUAUGUUUGAAGGGAAUGUGAGUGA